UUCACUGAGAUAGCCAUGAGCAGCUGUAAGUACAACGGAGGGGUAGUGCGACCCUUGAGCAGCUUGGGGACCUCUCGACGGAACCUGCACGACUUUGACUCAGAGACCCAGCCUCUACAGACCAUCAACAACUCGGGCCUGGAGGUGGUGGUCUCCAAACCCAACCAGAACAACAUCUCCAACGAGAGUUUAGGGGAGCCAGGUUGCAAGUCCCCCAAAAAGAACCAGAACAUUGGCCACAAACUCGGACACAGGAGAGCCCUGUUUGAGAAGAGGAAACGCCUCAGCGACUACGCGCUGAUCUUUGGGAUGUUCGGGAUUGUCGUGAUGGUGACCGAGACAGAAUUGUCGUGGGGAGCUUACACGAAGGAGUCUCUAUAUUCUCUCGCACUCAAAUGCCUUAUCAGCCUCUCCACUGUAAUCUUACUGGGUCUUAUUGUCGUGUAUCAUGCCCGGGAGAUCCAGCUCUUCAUGGUGGACAAUGGAGCAGAUGACUGGAGAAUAGCCAUGACGUACGAAAGGAUAUUUUUCAUUUGCUUGGAGCUGCUGGUAUGCGCCAUCCACCCCAUCCCUGGACAUUACAUCUUCACAUGGACGGCACGGCUGGCGUUCACCUACACCACCUCAGAGGCCGACGCUGACGUGGACAUCAUCCUCUCCAUCCCCAUGUUUCUAAGACUCUAUCUCAUCACCAGGGUUAUGCUGCUCCACAGUAAACUCUUCACAGACGCUUCCUCCCGAAGCAUCGGCGCCCUCAACAAAAUCAACUUCAACACUCGUUUUGUAAUGAAAACAUUAAUGACCAUUUGCCCGGGGACUGUUCUCCUGGUCUUUAGUAUCUCCUCGUGGAUUAUAGCCGCAUGGACUGUCAGGGUGUGUGAAAGGUACCAUGACAAGCAGGAAGUCACAAGUAACUUCCUGGGAGCGAUGUGGCUGAUUUCCAUCACCUUCCUGUCCAUCGGGUACGGGGAUAUGGUGCCUCAUACGUACUGUGGGAAAGGGGUCUGCCUGCUGACAGGGAUUAUGGGAGCUGGAUGUACGGCUCUUGUGGUUGCUGUGGUUGCGAGGAAGCUCGAACUUACCAAAGCUGAAAAACAUGUGCACAACUUUAUGAUGGAUACACAACUAUCGAAGCGGGUAAAAAAUGCCGCUGCCAAUGUACUCAGGGAAACAUGGCUGAUUUACAAAUACACCAAGCUGGUAAAGAAGAUCGACCAUGCCAAAGUCCGAAAACACCAACGCAAAUUUCUACAAGCCAUUCAUCAAGCCCAGAAAUUGAGAAGCGUGAAAAUGGAACAGAGGAAGUUAAAUGAUCAAGCGAACACACUGGUGGAUCUAGCCAAGACGCAGAACGUGAUGUACGACAUCCUGUCGGAGCUGCAAGAGAAGAACGAAGAUUUGGAAAAACGGAUUGUAACUCUGGAGAAUAAACUGGACACUUUAACGGUCAGCCUGCAGACUUUACCCGGCCUGAUCGCUCACGCCAUCGGCCAGCAGCAGAGGGACCUCUUUGAGAACCAUAUGCACAGAUUUAAACAGGUCACGUACAGUUCCGAACGGUCAUGGACCCCCACCCGAAGGCGGAGAUCCCCGUCGACGGCACCCCACACAUCUUCUGACAGCAGCUAG